AUGAGCGCCGUUGCCAUCCAGUUCGACCCGACCUUUAGCGUGGGCUCUCGGCCAACAUUUUCGUGGCCAGGAAUGUUUGAAUCUAGCAACACCACAUCCACCAUGAUUGCGCAAGACUUCUCGUCAAUUCUUCACCCAGUGUCUGAAUCCAGUGUCUCUCCUCAAAGUGUGCCAAAGACGCUUCCCGCAAGCCCUUCUAGGGGCAUCCUCACUCCCGAGCAGCGAGAAUUGAAGAAGCAACGAGACAGAGCCCGCCGAGAUUCCAGAGCUUCCACACGAAUCCAGCGAGGUAGCAGCAGCAGUUCAUACAUGAGCUCACCACCGAUGUCAGUGUCCGAUGUCACAAGCACCAUGGCCCUCCCCAUCUAUACGACAGCUCCGCCGGCCAUGUCUCUCCUGAGCGAGCCAGCUCCAGCAUUGAGCGACCCAUCAUACAUCCCCCCUUACAGCCCACACAUGCAGGAGCAGGCGUUUACUUCUCCAUACCAACAACCUCUGCAAUCAAACUAUUCCCUGUCGGUGGAAUACCCUCCCACCUAUGCCACUUCAAAUGCAUACAGUAUCUCUCACUCUUCCAUCCAGUCCACCGGACAAGACAGCGGCAUGGUGUACCGCAUGCCCGCCAUGCAGUCUGGCAGCGGAGCUUCUACUGGCAGCUCCAGCAGCCAAGAUAGCGCUGGCCACGUCCGUGUGGUGCAGAACAGACCAAAGCCGCGUUGCUGGGAGCAUGGCUGCAACGGACGACAGUUUUCGACUUUUAGCAACCUCCUACGACACCAACGAGAGAAAUCCGGCCAAGCAGCCAAAGCCACUUGCCCCAACUGCGGCGCUGAAUUCACCAGAACCACUGCGCGAAACGGCCACCUUCUACACGACAAGUGCAAACAACGACGAAGCUCUUGA